GAGAGGAGGGAGGAGAGGUUGGAUCGGAGAGGAGAGGAGGGAGCGCCGAGCAGAGCAAUGCGGAGUUCGGGGUGUGCUGGGCGGCUCUGCAGGUGAUCGGUCCCCGGAGACCCUCCGACCCCCCCAACCAUGUCCAGGUUCAGGAAGGACAAGGAGAUCAUCGCUGACUAUGAGAACCAGGUCAAAGAAAUCCGCAGUCAGCUGGUGGAGCAGUUCAAGUGCCUGGAGCAGCAGUCGGAGUCGCGGUUGGCUCUCCUCCAGGACCUGCAGGAGUUCUUCCGCAGGAAAGCCGAGAUCGAGCUGGAAUACUCCCGGAGCCUGGACAAGCUGGCCGAGAGGUUCUCCUCCAAAAUCCGCACCACCCGGGAGCAGCACCACUUCAAGAAGGAUCAGCAUCUCCUGUCCCCGGUGAACUGCUGGUAUUUGGUUCUGGCCCAGACGCGGCGGGAAAGUAAAGACCAUGCCACCUUGAAUGAACUCUUCCUCAACAACGUGAUUGUCCGCCUGUCACAUAUCAGUGAGGAUGUGAUCCGUCUCUUCAAAAGGAGUAAGGACAUCGGGCUGCAGAUGCAUGAAGAGCUGGCAAAGGUCACCAAUGAACUCUAUACUGUGAUGAAGACGUACCACAUGUACCAUGCGGAAAGCAUCAACGCAGAGAGCAAGCUUAAAGAUGCCGAAAAGCAGGAGGAGAAGCAGUUUAGUAAAUCGGCGGACUUUGGGCCCAACGCCCUGCGGCAUGAAGACCGAGCGCAGAGGCGGAGCUCUGUGAAGAAGAUCGAAAAAAUGAAGGAAAAGCGGCAAGCCAAGUACUCAGAGAACAAGCUGAAGUGCACCAAGGCCAGGAACGAGUACCUGCUCAACUUGGCAGCAACUAAUGGUUGCAUCAGCAAGUACUACAUCCAUGAUGUGUCUGAUCUCAUAGAAUGCUGUGACCUGGGAUUCCAUUCCAGUCUUGCCCGCACCUUCCGCACAUACCUCUCAGCCGAGUAUACGCUGGAGACUUCCCGGCAUGAAGGCCUUGACAUCAUCGAGAAUGCUGUGGACAAUCUGGAUGCUCGAAGUGACAAGCACAAAAUCAUGGACCUCUAUAACCAGGUCUUCUGCCCGCCGCUUAAGUUUGACUUCCAGCCUCACAUGGGUGACGAGGUGUGUCAGGUCAGCGCUCAGCAGCCGGUACAGAUGGAGCUCCUCGUGCGAUAUCACCAGCUGCAAUCGCGUCUCACCACGCUGAAGAUCGAAAACGAGGAGGUGAAGAAGACCUUAGAUGCCACCAUGCAGACCCUGCAAGACAUGCUGACUGUCGAGGACUUUGACGUCUCCGACGCCUUCCAGCACAGCCGCUCCACCGAGUCCAUCAAGCUGGCCGCCUCGGAGACCUACAUGAGCAAACUCAACAUCUCCAAACGCAGAGCCAACCAGCAAGAGACGGAGAUCUUCUACUUCACGAAAUUCAAAGAAUAUCUGAAUGGUAGUAAUCUGAUCACCAAGCUGCAGGCCAAGCACGACCUCCUGAAGCAGGCGCUGGGAGAAGGUGAGAGAGCAGACUACGGCACCACGAGGCCCCCGACUCUGCCCCCUAAGCCCCAGAAAAUGAGGAAGCCCCGGCCUCGCUCCCUUUAUAGCCAUAUGCUCUUUAACGGGAAUAUGGAGCUCUUUAUCAAGGAUUCUGGUCAGGCAAUUCCACUGGUGGUUGAAAGCUGCAUCCGAUACAUUAACUUAUAUGGUCUGCAGCAGCAGGGGAUAUUCCGAGUCCCCGGGUCUCAAGUCGAAGUCAAUGACAUCAAGAAUUCAUUUGAAAGAGGGGAGGACCCGCUGGUGGAGGACCACACCGAGAGGGACAUCAACUCUGUGGCCGGGGUACUGAAGCUCUACUUCCGGGGUCUGGAGAAUCCGAUCUUUCCCAAGGAAAGGUUUCAAGACUUGAUAUCUACGAUUAAGAUAGAGAACUCUGCGGAGAGGGUCCACCACAUCCGACAGAUCCUCAUCACUUUACCCCGAGCCGUCCUGGUGGUCAUGAGAUAUCUGUUCGCCUUCCUCAACCACUUGUCCCAGUAUAGCGAUGAGAACAUGAUGGACCCGUACAAUUUGGCCAUUUGCUUCGGCCCGACGCUGAUGCCCAUCCCGGACAGUCAAGACCCAGUGUCCUGCCAAGCGCACGUCAACGAGGUCAUCAAAAGCAUCAUCGUCAACCACGAAGCCAUCUUCCCCAGCCACCGGGAACUGGAGGGGCCCGUCUAUGAGAAGUGCAUGACUGUGGACGCGGAGUACUGCGACAGCCCACACAGUGAGCCGGGCGCCAUUGAAGAAGGGGACCAUGAUAACGGUACUGAGCCACACACAAGCGAUGAAGAGGUGGAGCAGAUUGAAGCCAUCGCUAAGUUUGACUACUCCGGUCGCACACCGCGAGAAUUGUCCUUUAAAAAAGGGGCGUCCCUGCUCCUCUACCACCGAGCGUCGGAGGACUGGUGGGAAGGCCGGCACAAUGGGGUGGACGGUCUGAUACCCCACCAGUAUAUCGUGGUCCAGGAUCUCGAUGAUGCCUUCUCGGAUAAUCUGAGCCAAAAAGCGGACAGCGAGGCAAGCAGCGGGCCCCUCCUGGAUGAUAAAUCCUCUUCCAAGAAUGACAUCCAGUCACCCAUCGAGCACCUACCAGAGUACAACUUUGCCGGGGUCCUGGGCAGGGUUAGACUUCGUUCCGACGGAGCUGCUAUACCGCGCCGGAGAAGCGGAGGUGAAAACCAUAGCCCGCCUCGGCCUCUUGGCCCUUGCAUUGACACGCCUCCCCGCGCGGCCGCCUGUCCCAGCAGUCCCCACAAGUUGUCCCUGAGCCGCGGACGAGUGGACAGCCCUGAAAAGCGCAGGCUGGGGACAUUUGGAAGCGCUGGGAGUAUCAAUUACCCCGAACGGAAGCUACUGAACGAUGGGAUAUGUCUGCGUUCUGUGACUGGAGGCACGAGGCACAGCAGCCUUGGGGAUCACAAAUCCCUGGAGACAGAGGCUCUGGCUGAGGACAUCGAGAAGACAAUGAGCACAGCCCUCAACGAACUACGUGAACUGGAACGUCAGAAUACAGCUAAACAAGCACCAGAUGUUGUCCUAGACACUCUAGAACCAAUGAAGAAUCCUACCCUUGGAACCCCAAAUUCUGAGCCAGUAAGUCCCCUGCACACCAUCAUGAUACGGGAUCCCGAUGCUGCCAUGAGGAGGAGCAACUCUUCCAAUACCGAAAUGCUGACCACUUUCAAGCCAGCGUUGUCUGCUCGCCUGGCUGGAGCCCAGCUCAGACCCCCGCCGGUAAGGCCGGCCCGGCCGAUGGUCCAGCACCGAUCUAGCAGCAGUAGUAGUUCUGGGAUGGGAAGUCCAGCCCUUACCCCUACGGAAAAAAUCUUUCCCAACAAUUCUUCUGAAAAGUCAGGGACCAUGUGACCAUCUCUACUGGGCCUUGGUGGGAAUCCAUUGUGGCAAAGUCCAGUAUGUGUGUUAAGGAAGGACACUCUGUGGAAUUUAUACCCAUCAAACUCAUCCACUUGUCCUAGAGGCUUCUCUUGAUCACCUCUCAAAAGUUGAUGUCCCUGGUAAAAAAAAUCUCCAUUGUCUUACAUCUAAAACAGGAUCUCAUUCCACUGUGUCUCCAUUGUGUACGUGCCGUUCAUCUCAACCCGUCUCUAUGAAAAAUUCUCAUAUUCCUAUGUCCUUCAGAUUGCCUUAAAACUGCACUCCCGGUUGGGUAUGUCCAGUCCUGUUUCGGGUUUUAGGCCUCCAUGUCUCCUGGUUCCAUCUCAAGCGUUCCUAAAUCAAACAGGUGUGAAAGUUGGAACUCCAAUUUACAGUUCUGGGCUGUACCCGAGGAUGUUUUUUUUUUUUUUUUGGCUCCAUUUGCUGGAAGCUUUCAUCUAGCAGACUCAAGAUGUCGAUCUUUUUUUGAAAGGAAUCAGGCUGAAGAUCUCACUUUCAUCCCAAUAUAUUCAGUGGUCACCAUCUUGUUCUUUGAUGGAGCUCAAAUAUGGCUUCCUAACGGGAUGUGGAUAUUUCCUGUGGUUUACGAUGUAUGCUGUACUCCAGAGCUUUUCCCCUAUAAGGGGGUUCAGCUGCUCCAUUUACUAUGAGCAAUAUGUAACUUUGUACAUAAUUACUCCGAAAAUGUUAGUCAUGUCAUUAACCUUGUUUAGGCCCGAGGCCUAGCCGUUAUAAAUAUAUCUAUACAUACCUAUAUAUAGUAGUGACAUUUAUGUAGGAUAAUGUGAAUUAUGCUUGAACUUAAACAAUGAAAAGGCUGUUUUUUUUUUUUUUGCUGUCACUGGAAAAAAAAAAAGGUGUAUACAGUGUGUAUAUAUAGUAUGAAUAUACAGUACAAAAAGCCGUUAGAUCUUACCUCAGUGGCUUUUGUCCUCACGUUUACCCAUGAUGCUCUCUGGGAUUUUAGUUGCGCCAAUAAAAUGUUUGUGUGUAGUGCGUGCGAGGAUUAUAACUUCCUCAGAAUAUUCCACUAUAGCAGGACCAGGGCGAUGGUACAGAGCAGUGCAUGAUGGGAGUUAAGAUUCAAAAAACGGUUUGAGGGCCACAGGUAGAGAAUAUUUACGGGACCUUUAAAGCAUUGAAACUCUGAGCCAAUUAUCUAACUGGAAAUUCUGUUCCCGUGCGGGGCUAAAGAUGAAUGAUAUUGAGUAUAUUUGUGAAGAAAUUGCAUUUCUGAAACUUUUUAACCAUUUGUGUUGGGAUGGGUCGUAACAUUUCAAAAACCUUGACCAUUUAGCACCACAAAAAAAUACCCCAUUGGAUGACCCUGACCAGAUGUUGCCCGAUAAAAGCCUGACUGCCGUUGGCUGCUUUGGACUACAGCACACAAACAAUGCAGGAUGUAUGGAGGCAGGAAAGGGUCUGCACCACAUACCAACCGUAUACAGUAAAGAGUUGAGCAGAAAUCUUUGCCAUUAUUGGUGUUGUUCAACUCUCGCUGAGUUAACUGGACUAACUAGAUGCUGAGAUAAUACCAACUUAAGGGAAACGUCCAUCUUUAUGUAUUUCUUAACCUCAUUCUAUGCUAUCCAAAAGUCACUUAAUGAUCCAGACAAUCUGUACAGCUGAACAUUUUUUUUUGGUCUUUUUGGUGGAUCACAACUCCAUGCAGUCUCUGUCUUCUUGGAAACUAGGCUGGAACUGAGUGGGUGGGGCUAUAUAAGACCCUUAAGGGAUUGAGUGCACAUGUUACAGCUCCAUGCAGUCUCUGUCUUCUUGGAAACUAGGCUGGAACUGAGUGGGUGGGGCUAUAUAAGACCCUUAAUGGAUUGUGUCCACAUGUUACAGCUCCAUGCAGUCUCUGUCUUCUUGGAAACUAGGCCGGAGCUGAGUGGGUGGGGCUAUAUAAGACCCUUAAGGGAUUGCGUCCACAUUUUACAGCUCCAUGCAGUCUCUGUCUUCUUGGAAACUAGGCUGGAACUAAGUGGGUGGGGCUAUAUAAGACCCUUAAGGGAUUGAGUGCACAUGUUACAGCUCCAUGCAGUCUCUGUCUUCUUGGAAACUAGGCUGGAACUGAGUGGGUGGGGCUAUAUAAGACCCUUAAGGGAAUAAGUGCACAUGUUACAGCUCCAUGCAGUCUCUGUCUACUUGGAAACUAGGCUGGAACUGAGUGGGUGGGGCUAUAUAAGACCCUUAAAGGAUUGCGUCCACAUGUUCAGUGCAGGUAGAUACUCUCUGAUAUCAUAAGAUUAUAUCCUCAUUAGGAGUUCAUGGAAGAGAGUGUAGAUACCUGUAUCUGAAAAAUUUGUUUUUCGACAUACUGCAUUUCCAGUUGAACCCAACUCAAAAGAGGAACUAGCACUUUUAAUGUCAUUAAGUGAACAGAAUAUUGGACAAAAUUAAAAAGUUAGCCUAGUGGAUGGUUCCGUAUUAGUCCCACCAUGGUGGUCGGCAGCAGCUUUUCCUGUAAAUUCCCAGUCUGUCCAGUGUGAGCCAGCAUAAGGUAAAAAAUGCUCACCUCCUGGCCUGCUGUCUACUUUUCUGGUUACACUCGCCAAUGUGAUAUCACACUCUCUAACAUGACCUUCUGUAAUGUAGUAGAUAUACUGUGCUCCUGACCUUCUCAUAACCUUUCUGAUUACGCUUACCCCCGGGAUAUAAGACCCUUCAAGAUGACCCUCCAUAAUGUAGAAAAAUAGUCCGUUCCUGACCUUCUCUGUACCUUUCUAAAAAUAAAUACAUACCUCCAGGAUAUAAGACCCUUUAACAUGACCCUCCAUACGGUAGACAAUAGUCAAUUCCUGACUUUAUCUGUACCUUUCUGAAUAUACUUACCUCCAGGAUAUAAGACCCUUCAAGAUGACCCUCCAUAAAGGUAGAAAAUAGUCUGCUCCUGACCUUCUCAUAACCUGUCUGAUUAUACUUACCUCCAGGAUAUUAAAUCAUUCAAUGUGACCCUCAAUAAUGUAGAAAAUAGUCCAUUCCUGACCUUCCCUGUACCUUUCUGAAUAUACUUACCUCCAGGAUAUAAGACCUUUCAACAUGACCCUCCAUAAGGUAGAAAAUAGUCCAUUCCUGACCUUCUCUGUACCUUUCUGAAUAUACUUACCUCCAGGAUAUAAGAUCUUUCAACAUGACCCUCCAUAAGGUAGAAAAUAGUCAGUUUCCUGGUCUUCUCUUAACCUUUCUGAAUAUACUUACCUCCAGGAUGUAAGACCCUUUAAAAUGACCCUCCAUAAGGUAAAAAUAGUUGAUUUCUGACCUUAUCUUUACUUUUCUGAUUAUACUUCUCUCCAGGAUAUUAACUCAUUCAAAGUAACCCUCCAUAAGGUAGACAAUAGUCAGUUCCUGACCUUCUCUUUACCUUUUUGAUUACACUUACCUCUGGGAUAUAAGACCCUUCAAGGUGACCCUCCACAAGGUAGAAAAUAGUCCAUUCCUGGCCUCUUGAUCUUUCUGAUUACACUUACCUCCAGGAUAUUAAACCAUUCAAAAUGACCCUCCUUACAGUAGAAAAAAGUCCAUUCCUGACCUUCCCUGAACCUUUCUGAUUACACUUACCACCCGGAUAUAAGACCCUUCAACACGACUCUCCAUAAGGUAGAAAAAACUCUGUUCUGGAACUUCUACCAUUCUAAGCAUGCUUACCACAAGGAUUUCGCACCCUCCAAUAUGACCCUCCAUUGGGUAUAAAACACUGUGCCUGACCUUCUUUACACCUUUCUAAUUAAAAUCACCAGAACUUGGUCAGUGAACUCUUGGGUGGUGGGAUGGAUUUGGUGCAAUGUCAGCUGAUUUUAAUUAGAAGGUUCUGGGAUCUUCAGAGAAAAGUCUUGAAGGGUCUUAUGCUGGAGAGAUUUUAGCAUUAGUCUAAUUUGUAGCUAUUUUGUAUAAAACAUUAUGUGACUUUUUUGGCAGAGCAUGCAGAGAAUUGUAGUACCAAUGGCUGUCUACAUAACAUUUAUGGCCUGAGGCAAUUUGUGAAUGCAAGGUCUAAAUAUGAUAUUUAUUGCACUGUAUGUUGCCAGUUUCUGGUGUCAGUAGUAUAUAAAAGUUUGGCCUCUGACACUUUUAAAUAAUAAUGCCAUAUUUUAGUAUCAGCAAAUAUAUAAUGCAGCCUGAUUAUGCAUGGGAAACUUAGGGCCAGCCUCUGGUGUCCAAAAUAUAUACUGCCAGCCCGUUGUCUAUAAGCCUUCGAUUUCAGGGUUAUAGAAGUACGGAGCUUGCACCCUUUUAUAGCUCUGGUCAGUGACUUAAGAAAUGUGCUUACUGAGACCUUUCAUGUUUGGGGCCCUAAGGCAGCUGCCUUUUCCAGGACAUAGCCCAUGCACUUUUCCAACAACUUGGUGCCUUGUUGAAGGUACACCGGUGCUUUGGCUAACUGCAGAAACUAGAAUUAAGCACAUCAGUCUGGUUCCAGCACGCCGCAGAUUUACGUUCGCUUUAAUAAAGUUGUUAGACCUUAACCAACUUAAAGCACAAACAUCUAGAUUAUUUUAAGUCUUCGCCUGGAGAUCAUUGCACUAGAGAUAUCUAAACAUUUUAUCGAUAUCCCGAACACAUGGGCUGUGAAUAUUGCAUGUCACUCCUGUGCAGUAGAUAAGGGCUUCAAAGACACCAAUUAGCACAACAAAAGCCAAUAUGACUUAUGUGCACCAGAGGGCCCUUGAGAUCGAAGGGCCCCCUGGGAUCCAAAACCUCUAGACAGAAAUGUAUGCGCUUAUAGGCUGCACUUGCCACAAUUUUUCUACUAAAAAGCCACAAAAGAUACGGCCAUCAUUAUAAUACAGAAACUGAAACUUUAGGGGUGCUAUUGUUCUAUUUGCCAGCAAACAAGCUUGCUGCCCCAUUUUUUGUCAUCUUUGCCAAAUUUUCCAGAUGUUUUAAAAAGUGUUUUACAAAGACAUGAUCAUUGAUAUUGUCUAGUUGCAGAAAAACAGAGCUGCACGAUUCUGGCCAAAAUGAGAAUCACGAUUCUUUUUGCUUAGAAUAAAGAUCACGAUUCUCUCGAAAAUCUCAAAGAACGGCACUUACAAGACUGCGCAGAAAA